UGAAAAAAAAGUUUGCUACAAUCGGAUAACCGAGCACAAAGUUAAGGGGUUUGGAAAUUUCAAAGGAGUGGUUCGAGUUCACUGAACUCGAACCACUUCAACCCCACAUGGUUCGAGACUUAUAUCAUCGAUCUACGAGUAGAUCGAGUCUCCUACACUCGAACCGGUUAGUAGUUCGAGUUUCUCAAACUCGAACCACUCCAAACUUAGGUAUUUUGGGAAAUUUUUUUAAAAGUGUGGUAGUUUAGGAAUUUGCUUUAGUUUUAUGUGUAUUUAGGGAAUUAAUCCUUUUUUGGGCGGGAGAGUCAAGGGUUAGUUUAACCAUUCAUUCUCGUACAAUCGCGCGUUCGUCGAUUUGUGGGCACGUACUAUAGAUAAUCCGUUUACUAAAAUCGUACGAAGAUUUACAAAAAGGUCAAACUACAUACGACUCACAAGCAUGAUCAUAUUGCAACAAAAUGAAGAUUCGUCUCGCAUUCUACAACCUCCCUCACUCUCUCUAUCUCUUCCCCUUUUACCGCCACUCGAGGGGCAGGAUCAAAGUUUUUGAAAACUACCACGAAUUAGAAUCGAGAGAACACCUUGAUUAUAUUAAAGAUCUCAUCCAUUGACACACGGUUUUUUUUUCUCGGAAGACAACUUGUGAAAGUUGCUUUUCAUUAACGAAUCGAGCGGGCCCGCUCUUUGAUUACACUGCUCGGACGCAGAAAUGUUCGUUUCCACCUCCAGAAUAUGAGUGUUAGUAAAUGGUUAUAUUAUUCAUGAUUGAACUUCUGGCGACGACUUGACUUGAGUAUUUUGUGACCAGCUUGUUCUUGACACGGUAUUAGAGACUUACUGGCGACCGACCGAGAAGUCCUCUCUUGGAAUCUUGAGGAGAGAGAAGUCCAUCGUCAUCCAUUUGAAAGAGGAAUAGUCAUCGUCAUUGAAAGCGACGGCGGUGUGGUGGUGGUGUGGCGCCCGCCUGCCUGGAAAAUGUCCAAACAAGUUUCCGUCCUCUUCGCCCGCCGCCGCCGCCGAGUAAUUUAGUAUUCGUAUUCCGUCGCCGUCGUCCCUCGUUUGAUGGUAUUUGCUUUUGUUGGGUUUGGCAGCGUCCGCCGUCCAGCUCAGCGCUAACAAGCACUUUGAUUCGAAAACCCAGCUGGCACACUUUUUCCCACUUGCAAGUUGCCAGGCAAGCCUAGCCUACACUUGUCCAUCCCCGUCACCACCAAUCACAAUUUAGUCCGCAUAAAAUAAUCAACCAACCCUUCACCAACAAAUUAUUAUUAUUAUUAUUAUAACUUCCUCUCUCUCUAGCUCUCUCUCUCUCUCUCUAAGCGGUGGGGCUCUGACAGUGGUUUAUGAUGGAAAAACAGCAGAGCUUCAGGCUAAGUUAGUUAGCUAGUUACGAAAUCCCAGUUGGUGUUUAGGAGGAAGAGAGACGUAGAAGAGCCAACUUGAGUUGGGAGGUUGAUGAUGACAAGUGUGUUUAAUCAAAGCAUUGGUUGACUCACACUUGUGAAUUGUGAUGUUAGAAUGCCAUAUUUUUCUAUGGAUAUAUACGCAAUCUCGCUGGUUAGAGAAAGUGAUUAUGGCAAGGAUAAUGAUCUUCUCACUAAUCCAAUCUCUUCGAGUGUUCAUACAUUUGACCAAAUUUAUAACGAUCAUGAUUGUGGAUUCAAUUUUGAUGAUAUCCACAAUGAUGACCGACGAGUUUUAAUUCGCAAGUAUCCCUAUUAAAAUUUAAGCACACAUAUUGCAAUCUCUAGUUAAUAUUUUACAUGUGAUAAUAUCUUAAUUGUAACAUCCCGACUUUUUACGACCAAGAUUUUGUUCACCUUGGAUCUAUCACCUCACGGUGUUUACUUUUGGGUGUAUCUUGGCAAUGUCACGGAAGGUCACUCAUAUCCACUGCUGCACACACUAGCGUGUUUGACUUUAUAGUCCUUAAAAGAAGUGGGAAGUCUCACCCCACAACACACUUUGCUAGUUAAAAGUUGAAUGUUCAUGAUGAAUCAUAGAAUUCUAUCGUGUUUUAUCGAUAAUAAUUUGUCUAAUGUGCAACCCUGAGCCUUUUCUAGCCAAUUUUUCUAGCAAGAUUAUGCAAGAAGUUAUGUGUCAUGUGGAAUAUAUACAAACACACUUGAAAUCAUUUGGCCUAAGAAAAUAUACAAUUUCUCAUUUUUUUCACAUAAAAAAAAAACAAUAUGAUAUGUAUUUGGUGUGAAAUUUAUAUUUUAUAACUUCUUACGUACAGCAAGGAUUUGGCUUCUUUUCGCAGAGAGGGGAAAAAGGCAGAGAGCAUCAGUUCAAAGUACCAAACCUCCAGGCUCCAACCCAGCAAGCAAAGGCCUUUAUAAGCCUUUUUUUUCUCGCUUGCAAGCCCUUCCUCCCAAACUCCAAAACCCAAUUUCCCCUCUUCCCUUUCCUCUCUCUCUCCCACUGCCUCUGGUUCUGCAAUCUUGGUUGUUUCAGCUGAAAGAAUCAAUCAGCAAAGCUGGCUGUGCAAAGCAAGAAAAGCAAGCAGCUUUCCUGGAAAGCAGCAGCCAUGGGGCUGCAACACCAUCGUUCAAAGAGCCAGCCCCUGUUUCUGGACGACGACGAGAUGGGUCUGGUUCUUGUCUUCACAAAGAAACCAUCUUCAACACCAUUACCAUCAACGGCAGCUGCAGCAAGACCCAAGCUUCUCACUCUCUUGUUCCUCUCCCUCGUCUCUGGCUUCCUUAUCCUCGCCCCCCACUUCUUCCCCGCCUUCUAUUCAUUCGAUUCCAUGGCGGCUAUGGACUCCAAUCUCCCCCUCUGUUCUUCCGUCGCCAACGGAACCAUAUGCUGCGACAGAACCAGCAUACGCUCCGACGUCUGCUAUAUGAAAGGGGACAUAAGAACCCAACCAUCCACUUCCUCAAUCCGCCUCUACACCGGCGAAUCGCGCCACCAGGACGAGAAAAUCAGACCCUACACUCGAAAAUGGGAAACCAGCGUGAUGAACACCAUCGACGAGCUCCACCUCAUCACCUCCGACGAGAAACAACAACAGAGCCACCACUGUGACGUCACCCACGACGUCCCCGCCGUGUUCUUCUCCACCGGCGGCUACACGGGCAACGUCUACCACGAAUUCAACGACGGCCUGAUCCCACUCUACAUCACCUCCCACCAGUACAACAAAAGGGUCGUCUUCGUCAUCCUCGAGUACCACGACUGGUGGAUCUCCAAGUACUCCGACAUCCUCUCCCACCUCUCCGACUUCCCCGCCAUCGACUUCUCCAGCGACAAGAGGACGCAUUGCUUCCCGGAAGCCACCGUCGGGCUCCGCAUCCACGACGAGCUCACCAUCUCCCCUGACCUGAUGCAGGGGAGCAACCGGACCAUCGUCGAUUUCCGCAACAUCCUCGAUCGCGCCUACUUACCUCGAAUCACCGGCCUAAUCGAAGAAGAAAAGCUCGAAUUGGGUCCCGCAAUUCGAUCCAAUUCGCGCCAUAACGCUCCGAAAUUGCUCAUCGUGUCGAGAACAGGGUCGCGGGCAAUCACCAACGAGGAAGCACUGGUGAAAACAGGGGAGAGGAUCGGGUUCCGGGUCGAGGUGCUGCGGCCCGACCCGACCACCGAGCUGGCAAAGAUAUACAGGGCGAUGAACUCCAGCGACGUCAUGAUCGGGGUCCACGGCGCGGCAAUGACGCAUUUCCUGUUCAUGAGGCCGGGCUCUGUUUUCAUCCAGGUGGUGCCUUUGGGCACGGAUUGGGCGGCGGAGAGCUACUACGGCGGUCCGGCGACGAGGAUGGGGCUGAAGUACAUUGGGUACAAGAUUCUGCCGAGGGAGAGCUCUCUGUUCGAGAAGUACGGCGAGGAGGAUCCGGUGCUUCGCGAUCCAGAGAGUGUUAAUCAGAGAGGGUGGGAGUACACGAAAUCGAUCUAUCUCGACGGUCAGAAUGUGGCGUUGGAUUUGAAGCGGUUCGCGAAGCGAUUGGGGAGGGCUUACGGUUAUGUUGUGAAGAAUGUUGUGAGGAGCCGGCGGGAACGGCGGCGGAGGCGGCGAUCGGCGGUGUAGGGGAAGGUGUUUUUGGUUAUAUUGUUUGGUUUGUAAAUGAUUGGAGGAAUUUAGGGGUAUGGUGGUAGGUGAAAGAAAAGGGAAAUGUUGGGUGUAUAGAUGAUAUAUGAGAAAAUAAUGAUGAUGAAAUUGUAAGUUUUACUUCGGUUGAUUUAUAUGACACGAAACACGCUAUAUUCUUUGAUUUGUCAAAUGGUUUAUGGUAAGUCAAGUCCACUUAACGAGAUAAGGAUGAUUACAUUGAUUAGUGGUAGUAUUGGGCUAUUGGAGAUGAUGGAAUUGAUGGAAGUUAAGGGCUAAUGGUGAACAAAUUGCAAUAAGGUUUGAUCGUUGGUAUGUCGAAUGGUUGCUAUUUACGAAAUAGUAUUGUGAACAGUGAUUUAAUGUUACGAUGACCAGUUUAGGAAUUGUCGAGAAAUGAUAAUUAUAAUGAAACGAGAAAGGACCUAAGAUAACGAUAGGUGAAGGGGCAUGUGAGAGAUUCGGAGGCGAUGAUCUUCUAGUUUCUCCGUGUCUAUAGGGGCAUGUGAAGAGUAUCCGCUUCCAUGCGAAGUCUUGGUUGCCAGCUAGGUCUAUUGUGGAGGAGUGUCUUGCUUCAAGAUACCAAGUUGAUGCCAGCGGAGAAAUCAUGGUUAUGCAUAGAUCUUGCCCUGUAAGUGAACCUUUUUAUACGUUAAAAACUAGACAAAAUCCACUUUCAUAGACAUAACUUUGCACUUUGUGACAAAUAUAACCAAAUUUAAAAAAAUAUACAGAAAUAGCCGUU